UGACACAUCGACAAUGAGUAAUUGUACGAACACAGAAAAUUCAAUAUAUUGUUCGGUGAAUUUGGCGUUCGGAAAUUUCACGCAUAGUUCGUGCUUUGUUUCCCGGAAUAAACAACAACUUGGGAUUUAUGAACGAUCUACCGAUAUGAGACCAAAGAAGAGAGAUCGCAAUGAUCGCCAGGAAGCCAAAGAACAGUUUGAGUCCGCCAACUCUGACCACGAGCUGUUCUUACAAGCGUUUGAGAAACCCACACAGAUAUACAGAUACCUCAGGAAUAGGAGUAUUGUUUCCCCAAUAUUUCUGCAUCGCACACUCAGCUAUAUGAGGAAGCGAAUGUCCAGAUCUCAUCGUUCAAGAGCAGGGUUUAGGAUAAAUGACAUCUUGCAAGGUGUGGAGGGGAGUAUGGUUCCUUUGAAGACAUCACAACCAGCAGACUCUCUCUGUGUAAAGUUCACUGGGUUCAUUGAUAAAGAAAACCUCAUUGAGGAUGACCAAAUCACCCUUGAGGUUAUCUUGUUGAGGAUGCCUCUAAAGAAAAGGAAGCAAGAUGUUCCCGAGAGUGAAGAACGAAUAGUUCUUGGACAGGUUGAAGUUGGUGUGAACCCCCCUGCUGGUGCACCCUCCUCCAAGAUUUGUGUUCCCCCAAAGCUCCUGGCUCCCACCUCCAAGAGCCCCCUAUCUACUCUUUUACUAAGAACUUGCAACAAGAAACAAGAAGCUCUUACAGAACGUGACAACAUGGCAGAACCAGUUCCCGUUAAAAGAACCAAAAUUGGCAAAUAUUGGUAUGAGAACUACAACCCUGUCUAUGGCGGUGAAUUGAUGGUGUUUGAUAAAAGCAAUAUGAUUGUACUGACGGAGGGAGAAUAUGAACUGUCUUUGUGUGAUGUGGGACUCAAGACAAGCCAAAUCAUGCACUCUGCCUGGGAAAAUGUGCCUCAUAUUAAGGAUAUUUCUCCAGCUACCAGUUUCUUAAAGAGUCCUGUUUUGAAGAUGAACAUCACCUGGAUUCCAUCAGUUCCUAUUAUCCCCCCUAAACCACCCUCUAAACCCACCACUAAACAACAGUCUAUAUCACCAUCAAAAGCACCCUCCAUAUCACCCUCUAAACCAGCCAUAUUACCCACAUCGAAUGUAACAACUGAUAUUACAAGCACAACAGAUUUAAAAUCUACUAUUAUACCUACUAUUCCACCCUCUAUUCAACCCCAAGUAAAGCAGGAAAUCAGUACAGAGAUGAUGCCAACAUUAUCUGACUCUCUUUCCAAUUCAUUAUGCACAAAAGGCAUAGAUGCCAAGGAAGGUCACGUGUUGAAGAAGAGCUCACGUGUGUUCUACAAUUUCAUUUACAACAACGGAACCCAACACCAAACUGAGUCCUAUGAUAACGUUCACUGCCCAUGGUGCCUGAUCAACUGUAUGCAAUUAUAUAGUCUCCUGAAACACCUCAGAUUGAACCAUGCCAGGUUCAACUUUGUUUAUUCGCCUCACGCCAAAGGUGCCAAGAUAGAUGUCUCUGUGAAUGAGUGCUAUGACGGGUCUUAUGACGGCAACCCUCAGGAUGUCCACUCCCACCAUGGCUAUGCUUUCAGCAGGGAUGGACCAGCAAGGCGCACAGAGAUAACUCAGGUAUUGGUGAACAGACCUAAGAAAUUGCUAUGGAGUCUGACAGAGUUUCUAGAACAAGAUGAAGCAGACAUUUAUGACAACAUUCAGUAUGUGCAAGGCCAUAACAGACUGUACUACCACACUGUAGGGACCCAACCAUUGUGGCCAGAAGAGAUUGAAGUUGACAGUGAAGAAGAGAAUGACCCUCUCUGGAUGAGACAGAAGACUGUUAAUCUUAUUGAAGAGUUCAGUGAUGUGAAUGAAGGAGAGAAGGAAGUGAUGAAAAUGUGGAACCAUCAUGCAAUGCACAACAAUUAUGUUGGUGACUGUGAAAUGGGACAGGCAUGUGUGGACUUUGCAGAAAAGUUCAAAGAGGAGCUAGAACGUAAGAAACUAAAGCGUAAUCUCCUACUACACUUUGUUAACCUCUUCGACUUUGGCCUCAUACAACCAGACAUUGUAUACAAGGCUAUGGCUGUGUUGGACUAA